ACACAUAGGAAUCCAGACUUGCGCGCACACACACACAUACUUGUGCUCCGUGUCCCUCUUUGGGAGGAAGGACUCUCCUAUGAACCAGACGACAGCUCGCGUCUCCCUCUGCUUCUUUUCCUCUGUUGGCAGGUGUUAGAAAUAAAACCAUAAAUAUUUGGCAGAGGGAGCGUGAGACGGCGUGAGAGCGGAGGACAAAUGUCUGUCUUCUUUUGCUGCCGGAGAGACAAGCCAAUGGGAACAAUAUGGAGCAGAAACCUGCAUUUUUAAGUGCUUCGAACAGUUUGUAGUUAUUUUUUGCUUUUGGUUAGGUUUUGGUUGCAGUAAGAAAUUGAACUGGGUGAAGCUCAUGGGAAAGACGAUAAUCAAGAGGAACACAAAGAAGUCAGGCGCUAUAACAUUUCAGCUGCAAUCUUGUAUGGAUUGGAUUUGCACACCGGCGUUGGACCCCGUCCACCCUGCAGUCCACUGAUACCAAUGAGUACCCAUGUGCCUCCUGAGCCAUGCUCCCUGGCUAUGGAUUCUCUCCUCUCCUUGACUUCCAGCCUCACCUCCAAGCGUUUCAUUGCAGAGGCGAGAGCUCUGACAUGUGGUUUCCAGGCACAGUUGAGACCCAAGCUCUGAGCGACUCUCGGGAGGGUAGGCCUCUCCUGCGGCAGCAUCAACACAUUGCCGUGUGCCAACAAGAGACGUUGGCCUUCCUUGACCUUCAACAGCCUAGCACUAAUGGUUUUCAAUCACGCACACUAGAGAAGCCCAGUUCCUACCCUUGUUCCGAGCCAGCAAGAUGCAAUGAAAACAGGCCCUCUGACUCAGCAAAGAAUGGGACUACAGACCCGACACUUGAAGAUUUUGUGGAGGUGGUUCAGGAGCGAAUGUGGACACCCAUUACUGACUUACCCGAGACAGUUUAUGAACAGCCUGAACCAGGAUUUAAGUGUCUCAGUUCUAGAGGCUUGUUUUUGCCUCUCUCGCCUACAUGGGUCCCUGGGGACAGGGACUCAUUGGAGUCUCAGCAACAAAGUUCUCCCUCUUCCCCCACAGAGCUUCCAUCUCUGGACCCAGUUCGUCCACAGAGACGCACAUCCCUGGGAUCCAUAAAGGAGAAGUCCAUACGGCGUAAGAUGAGGGUGUACUCUCCAGACACUCUGAUUGAUGCGGCUCUCAGCAGCCCUGGCCUGGAGUGUGACUACCUGAUCCCAGGAUCCUUUGAAUCUUUCGUAGAAGGAGGGCUUGGCUCGGUGGGUUCUACCAUACCCACAUCUCAAAGUUCCAGUCCUCUUCCAGGGCUAGAUGAAGAACUCUCUCCUUUUGCAAUAUCAACCCCUCCAAAAUCCUCCUUGGAUUCAUUUCAGGAGGCUACCAGAUUAGAGGGGGGCAUUAAUGAUGGGGGUAGGCAAAGGCUAGGACUGGAGGAUUGUGGGACUUUGGAAGACCCUGCCCUUAACAGUGAGACCUUGCUGCCACUCCCCCGUUCUCGCUCAGCAGACAACGAGCGCCGGCGCUUCUCUGCCUCUGAGCUCAUCUCCCGCCUGCAACUCUCACAGAGAAAAAACUCCUUUACCCUUAAGCUGGGCAAGUCCCUCUCUGCUCGCGUUGCCUCCCGGGACCGCCACCUGUCUGGAAACCUCAGUCCAGAUUACAAACCCAACUCCAGACAACGUUUCUCAGGGGGAUCAAGUGACAGUGUGCCACAUAGCCCUGUGGGGUCUGCACCACCACUGCCCUCUACUGACUCUAACCUGCAUGUUCAGAGAAAGAUCUCCAAGCAAAGAAUGAGAAGAAUUUCAGUUGAUGAGGAAGGAGGCAGCCCUCCCAGUAGCUCUAAACGUCUUUCACGUUUCCUGCCAAACUUGAUUUUGUAUCAGGAAUACAGCGAUGUUGCUAUUAACAGAGAAAUUCAGAGGCAACAGGGAGCGGAGCCUGGAACUGAUGAGGAAAGGGGGGACUCUGUCUCUUCUGGCAACCUCUCCCCAUCCAGUUCAUUUCGGUCAUCGAGAGGCUCCGCCUUCUCACUUUGGCAGGAUAUUCCUGACGUUCGAACAAGUGGACAACUGGACAACUUCAGCAAUGAAGAGCGUAAACUACAGGAGGCCAAGUUUGAGUUGGUGACAUCAGAGGCCUCAUACAUACGCAGUCUGUCUAUUGCAGUUGACCAUUUUAUGAUGUCCUCGGAGCUCUGUGAGUGUCUGGGCACACAGGAGAGACAGUGGCUCUUCUCCAAGCUGCCUGAUGUGAAAGAAGUCAGUGAAAGGUUUCUUCAAGAUCUGGAGCAUAGAUUAGAAGGGGACAUUCUGCGUUUUGAUGUUUGUGACAUUGUGUUUGAACACUGUCCUGCUCUCAGGAGAGUUUAUCUGCCUUAUGUCACCAAUCAAGCUUAUCAGGAACAGACCUAUCAGCGGCUUUUACAAGAGAAUCCCAAAUUCCCUGGAAUCCUCGCCCGCCUGGAAGAGGACCCAAUAUGCCAGAGGCUUCCUCUUACUUCAUUUCUCAUCCUUCCUUUUCAAAGGAUCACACGUCUCAAAAUGCUGGUGGAGAAUAUCCUAAAAAGAACAACUCCUGGAUCACGAGAUGAGGACACAGCCACCAAAGCUCUUAAUGAGCUCAAAAAGAUUAUAAAGGAAUGUAACUCCAGUGUGCAGUCCAUGAAGAGGAUGGAAGAGCUAAUACAUCUAAAUAAGAAGAUUCACUUUGAGGGCAAGAUUUUUCCACUGAUCUCUCAGUCUCGCUGGUUAGUCAAACACGGUGAACUAUUAGAGGUGGACACGCAAAACCUGAGUAUAUCUGGGUCAAAGUUUAAACUUACCACUCGGCCUGUGUACCUUCACCUGUUUAAUGACUGUCUUCUGCUGUCCCGAAGGAAGGACACAUGGAAAUUCAUGGUAUUUGUACAUGCAAAGAUUGAAGACCUUAAGGUGAAAGAUCUAAGCCAGAAACUUCAGGGUAUCUCAGGCUUUAUCUUCUACCUGCAGUUAUGUGAGGGACAACAGCUGAAACAUCAGAUCCUGCUCAAGUCACCAACGGAGAGCAGUAAACAGAGGUGGAUCACAGCCAUGUUUCCCUCCAAUCCAAAGGAAGCUAUUGAGCAGACCAAUGAGAAUGAUGAUCUAUCUCAGGUUCAGUGCAUCAAGAGCUACCAGGCUCAGGAGCACGAUGAGUUGACACUGGAGAAGGCGGACAUUCUUCAAGCUAUAACAAUUACAAGUGACGGGUGGGUAGACGGGAUCCGGAUGUCUGAUGGAGAGAGGGGCUGGUUCCCCAAAGCAUACGUGGAGGAAAUCACAAGCCGCAGUGCUCGUUUGCGAAACCUCCGCGAGAACAUUCGCAUUAAGUGCGUCUCACAAAAAUUGGAGGGAGAGACUCUUUAAGGCCUUGAAGUAUGGUAGUCACUGCUACAUGUGCUUCGCCAAACCAGAGUAAAUUUUUAAGUCAUUUAUUUAAAAUUCCCAUGGCUAACAUUCUAGCUGUACUAGUAAGUUAUAUUGUAUACCUUGUAGAUGUCUUUCUUCUAAAAUGUAUUGCAUAUAGAAAAAAUAAAGCUAUGCAUUGCAUAUUUGAAUUACAUGGUCAACAACUUUUGCACUUCAGUUGAUUCUUAAGCAUUGGUUCUGUAGAGAUAUUAUCUUUAUGGUUUUGUUGAUAGAUCUUUUGCAUGUUUCAAUACUGUAUGUAGUAUAUGAUGCUGAGCUUUUUCAGUCUACAGAUGCACUUUGGUCGAAACGCAGCUGUCAUGGGUUCAUCAUAUGGGUGGACAAAAUCUGAAUAUGUAGGCUACUCUGUUAAGUUGUUUAGCAUAAUUAUAAUACACCUUUCACACAGGUUCAUAUGGUACGUAAGCCAUAUUACAAUUGAGUGUUUUCAUUAGAUUUCUCCAUAGCGUGUCUCCAAAACAUGUGAGCGAGAUGUUUCAUGUACGUAGGCAUAAAGGCUGCGUCCGAAAGCUCCCCGAGAUAGGAAGGCAUUAAAGCACAUCCGAAUCCAAUGUUUUCUUUACUUCAUGUCUCCUUAGAUACCUUCAUCAGGUCAAUUUUUGAAGGAUGCGUAGAUGUGUAGGGAAAUUAGUAUUGUAGUUUUUAAAUAUUCGAUUAGCAGUCACAAAGACACUUUCCGUUACUGUGGGUUCACACCAGCCACGUUUGAGGCGUCAAAUUCGCGUCUAGUUUGCCGCUUGAACAUUUUGAGUUUACUCGCUUUAUUCGGGUGUGAAAGCCGCGCGAGAAAUUCUAGUCAUCAAGACAUUCACACAAAAAUUUGCGUCAUGGGAGGGGCUUCUGCGACUUUGCUUGUUUUCUGCAGAGCCAUAGAAGGAUAGAGUUACGUCAAGUCCGUUCACUCCAAUGAAACGGUUUUUUUACAGCAAUGGCGGACCACGGAGUCUCUCCAAAGUUCCCGGAAGUAACAGUCAGCUCCAUAGAGUUGCAUUAGAAAGAUUGAAUGUGUUGAACUUAAUACAAGUUUUAAGACUUAAUACGCUUGACAAAUAAGAUUGUAUGUUAGCAAUACAUGUGAAUCGAAUGACUUUAUGCAUCAGUGUGUUUGUAGUGCAUUAUUUCUCAUUUAAUUAGUACAUUUAGGGGGUGUUAGUAGAAAACGGGUCAGGCUAGGACAAGCUGUGGAUAACUUUAGCAACACACAACAAACCACUAACAGCCUUUUAUUGGUAAAUUUCGUUUUCUUAAUGCAGAUUCAUCCAUUAUUGUAAAUAUUGUGUAAUUAGAGAGGCUAAAUAAAGUGAUGGUGGUAUAAAGUGCAUAUUUAUGCAUCAACGUAUGGGUGGAAUGUUUUUAACACUGUGGUUUUGCUGGUUAAUAAAUAAAAUAAAAUAAAUGUAUUUAUUAAUAACUUGUCAAUGUAUACCUACAUAGUUAAGAAAUGAGUAAUCAUUUAAAGUGAAGAUGAUGUUAUGUCCCAUCAGAUGUUUAACAACAAAAAGAAAACUACACUAAGCCAGAAAUAUUAUUAUAAUUCAUAAUAAAUUAAACAAAGUGCUUUGUAAGUCUUUUUUAAUGUUGUGCUUUGUAUAUUUAUAAAUUAAACCAGUAUGAGUUACAUUCACAGCACAUUCACUUUGUACAUUAUAAACAAGCAUAACAUUAUAAAUUUACAUUAGUACAGUGUGAUGCAUUUUAAAGUGGCUAAAGGCAGCGUAAAACAUGUUAACAAGCCACAUACCAGCAGAUGACCAUACAAAUGUUCCUAUAUUGGUGGAUUUAAUUUGUCAAAAACAUUGUUUAUAUAACUACAUAACAAUACUACAUUCACAUUUUGAUGUGAUAUAUAAAUAUUGUAAAAAAAAAUGCGUUUCUUGACUAUAAAUUAAGAAAAAUCACAGCUCUUUGCCUUUAACUCAAUGUAUUUCAAUGGCUCACUAUGGGCUUCUAGGAACUAACUGAAGUCUCCGUGAAUCACGUGACGGCCGAGCUUCUGGACUUCCGUUGGCACAACUCUGUUUCUCUAUGGCUCUGGUUUUCUGUAAUCAUGUCAAUACUAGAGCAAGCCCCUGAUUGGUUAACACAGCUCGUUUUUUUCCGCCAAAGUUUAAAUGUUUCAACUCGGGCAUUUCCCGUGGCAACGCUCAAUUCCAACUAGACGCGCGAAUGAGGCGGAAUCGCGUCUACCGCGCCGCGCUAAACGCCUCAUUUGCACCGCAAGACCUCCAGACGCGCGUCAAUGCAUCUUCACAAUGACUUAACAUUGAAAUCACUCGCGCUUGACGCCUCAACCACGGCUGGUCUGAACGCAGCAUUACGUUACCUAUGAAGGCUGUCCGAAUGCGUUUCCCUGAGCCCACUUCAUGCAGUACGUUGCCGCUGAAGUCAUUGCCUCAUGAGGCAGCUGCCUAAUGCGGCUUUCAGACAUGACACGGUGUUUGCUUUGCUGUGCUAUAAAACACACUCAUUUCAAUGGCUUGCGCCACACGAGGACGGUUUGUUGUUGCGUCAACCAAAGCACGAGCACAGCGAAGCAUAGCUCAUGCCGCGUUCAAAGUUCAAAAUAGUUUAACCGUGUCCUGUGUGAAAGCCGCAUAAGCUUUUGGACGCAGCCAUACUUUUGUUUUCAGCAAAUUUACCAGUAACACAGUAAAGCAAAUGCACAAUUCACUAGUGGCACAAUGGAACCAAAUGUUAGGCAUUGUGAAUGAUGCUGCUAUAUUGCCAUUAGUCUCCUGUAGAGCAUCAUUUACUAAAUAGUAUUGGAAUAUAAAGACAUACAGCUUUAAAUUAAAAUGAUGAACGUUAUUUAUGUCAGAGAUACUGCUGUUUAUUUUGCAAUGGGCAAUUUCUUUAUGGUGUACUGAGAUAACCUGAGCAUGUUCUAUGAAUCACAUUUGAAAUAUAAUCAUUUACGGUGACUAUGUAAAUAAAAUAAAUGCAAAUAUUCUUACUGGAAA